AUGAAAGUGAAGGAAGCAUGGCUUUGUCAUCUACCUUUAGGGUAUAGCUCUUCGCAUAAGCCUAGUUUGCAUGGUUGUGAUUCUUCCAAUUGUUUUAUUACUAAAACUAUAAUCACUGAAGAAACAGGAUGGGUAUUGCUAUGUGGCCAUGCAUAUCAUAACACAUGUUUUAACCAAGGUGGUUUACAUCAAACUAAUUUGAAUAGUAAUGCUGAAGGCGAAGAUCCCGAUUCUAUUCUUGAAGAUGAUAAUGAUGAUUAA